ACUCUAUUCACCACUUAUCUACACUAAGUACAAUGCUGCAUAGUCGAAAAAAACCUACAAAGCCACGUUUCCGGGAGGAAAUUUUUCACUUCUUCAAGCUGCAACUCUUUAAGGAGGCCUUUCGCAAUAAAUCUGCAAAUAAUGAGUCUCAAAACCAACAAACAACUUCACAAAGUAAAUGAAUAUGCACACAGAAGUUUACGGAAAAAACAUUUGCUUAUCCCUCGGCGACCAUUUUCUAAUGGGUAUCAGCUAAUUUUAAGAAUUCGUUAGAUUCACUAAUUCAUUCAAUUAUAUAAAAUAACAUUUUCGGUGAAUGUAAAUUAGUACAAUUGUAAAAGACUAACUAUACUAUUGGGAGAUGUUCAAAAUUAGUAAAAAAAUACCAAUAUAAUUGUACUGACUAAAACUUGGCUAGCAACAUUGACAUCAUCGAUAAAUUUUUAGUAAGUGAACAAUUUUUAAAAUGUUGAAAGAUAUAAAACAUAUUAUUUUGAUUUUAUCUGGAAAAGGCGGAGUAGGAAAAUCAACUGUUAGUACGCAGUUGAGUUUAACAUUGAAAGAAAAUGGUUUUAAAGUUGGUUUGUUAGAUAUAGAUUUAUGUGGGCCAAGUGUUCCUUAUUUAUUGCAAUUAGAAGGAAAAGAUGUACAUCAAGUGGAGGAAGGGUGGGUGCCCGUAUAUUCUGAUGAAGAGCAGAAUUUAGCUGUUAUGUCCAUUGGCUUUCUUUUAAAUAAUAGAAAUAGCUCUGUAGUCUGGAGAGGCCCAAAGAAGACUGCUAUGGUAAAACAGUUUUUAACAGAUGUUUGCUGGGGAAAUCUUGAUUACUUGAUUAUAGAUACUCCACCUGGUACAUCAGAUGAACAUAUAACAGUUAUGGAAAAUUUAAAAACAGUCAAAUGUGACGGUGCCAUAAUAGUGACAACUCCGCAACAAGUAUCAAUUGAAGAUGUAAGGAAAGAAAUAACCUUUUGUAGGAAAACUGGAAUCCCCAUUAUAGGCUUGAUUGAAAAUAUGAGUGGGUUUGUGUGUCCACAUUGUUCUGACUGCACCAACAUCUUCAGCAAAGGAGGUGGGGAAUCUCUAGCCAAAAUAACAAAAAUUCCAUUAUUGGGGACAUUACCAAUAGACCCAAAAAUUGGACAGCUACUUGGAAAAUCUUGUGUUAAAGAAUUUCCAGACUCGCCGAUGUCAAAAGAGUUUAGCAAUAUCAUGAGAAGGUUACAGAUGAAUAAAUGAUUAUUUAGAA